AUGGCCCGGGGAAAGUGGAAGCGGCAGCCUUGCAAAGGCACUCCGGAAGAUGUCAGGCAGCAUGUGACCAGCUGCAAGACAGCAGAUUGUGCGUGCCAGUCUGCCGGGCAUCGCCUUCCAUCCCUGCAAGAAAAGUGCCAGUUGAUCAGCCCCGAAGUGCUCGAGGCUCUACAAGAAGCUCCUGCCGAGACUCUAGCAAAGGCGCAGGACCUGCUGGGCGUGUCGUGGCUGAACUACGAGUUUCAAGGGGAGCCUCAGCGCAUGCUGCUUGGGUGCAGUGUGUGCUCUGGCGACAAAGGAGUACAGUUUACGACUCAGCAGGCUGCCGCUGCCAAUAAGCUGUCGAGGCAUGGCAGUGGACCGGAGCAUGUGCGGAACGUGUGCAAGUUAUUGGGCUACGAGGUUCCCACCAAAGAAACAGCUGCAGUGCGAUGGCCUGGGGCGGAAGUCGUUCUUCAAGUCUUCAGACAGUUGCAGGGCGAUACCACGGACCGUUUUGUAGAAGGUGUGUCGGCCGAGAAGAAAACCAGUAGGAUCGAAUGGUGCAUCGUCGAAGCCACGCGCGAGCAGUGGAGGGAAUCCUUGCGAAAUGCUGUGUCUAUCUGCUUGUUGAGAGACGAGAGACACAAGCGUGUCUUGCUUCGAUUCCGGGCGGUGGACAAGACCUUGCAAGUCACGAACGGGGUUUUGGGCCAACUAAAGGGCGACUACUCCAGCACCGCCCUCGGAUUGACCGCAGCGACACUGAGGGUCAUCCGGGAAUUUGCGACGCCGGGUUUGGCUCGGCCUGGGAUGAAGGGGGAGGAGCUGCAGCUGGAGGUGGACGAGUCCCUGGUUCAACACAUUCGUGAGUGUGUGCUGUCCACCACGAUUGACGCGGCCGGCAAUGAGGUGGCAGCUGUUCAAGACUCGGCAGCACCGCUUGAAGUCCAUUGCCAGCACUUGGCCGAGGGCGAGACGCUGUUCCCAAACCACAAGUUGAUUGUGCGGGACCGUGCGCAUGGGACCAGAAGGGUCCUGGAACGCCCCUGGAGGGCCGACCCCUUUCUUGAUGCAGUCAUGACUUCCCUGAUCACUGGGUCAAGCAGUGUUACUCAGUUGAUUGAGCACAGCUUCGACUUUAAACAGUGGUUUUCUGAGGCGUCCAAGGCCUCCAUGACACGAGCUGUGGCCACUCCAUUCCGGAAUCUGCGUUCGGCUUUGCAUCGUUACGAAUCAUUGGUGACUCCUCUCAGCCGAUUCGUCCUGGAUCUUGAAGCCGUGCUGGCUGUGGCUACUCGUAUGGUAGGGGAGCGUGCUGGCACAAACGCAGCCCAUUGCGCGGAGGCAUUUCUGGAUGCAAUGGACAGCGAGGUGUUGCUGACAGCAGCCCUCUUAGCCGACGCGGGGGACGAGGCCCUACAGCUCAUUAGAUGGAUGGACCAAGACGAGAACGUUGUGGAUGCAGCCCGUGCAAACAUUCAGGUGAAAAAAUUCCUGGACUCCAUCCGCCUACUCUUUAAUGAGGGCAGAGUGCUGGCCAUCAAAGGCCACACACAGUGCAUGCUGACAUGGUUGUCGUCGCCUCAUGUGCUGGCCUACAACUCCAAGGUCAAAGCCCUGGGAGGUCCAACCGCUUGUCCAGUGCGGCUGCAGCAGGCUUGCCUGCGAAGGCUUCAAGUCUGGGCUGCGUUGGCAGAGGAGACGGUUAAGGCAGAAUUUCCAGAGUUCGAAGCCGUGGCGGCGAUGCGUGUGCUCAACGUGUGUGAUCCCUGGCCUUCCCUGGAUGCCCUCUCUUCCUCGGACAGCGAGAAUAUCCCCCCAGAUGCCUGCACAGAUUUGGAGCGCCUAGCUCAGUCCUUCGAUUGUAACUUUGCGGCCCUCAAAGUGGAAUGGAUGGACUUUCGUGGGAGAGCUCGCUGGCAUGCUGUGAAGUCUGGCUGCACAAAUAUCUGUGCAUGGAAGAAGGCUAUUGACGAAAGCCAGGAGCAGUGUUGGGAGAGAAGAGAGACCGCCGCCCGACACCCCUGCCAGCAUCUGAACGUGGUCCUCUGCGGCUAUGCCAGCACGUGCAUUUCGGACUCAGCCCUUGAGCGAUCCUUCUCCCAAGCAGCCGCCAAGAUUCCAGCCUCAGCCAGGCACCUUCACCCGCAGAAGGAAAGCCUGCGCAUGUCUUUCUUGGCUUUGAAAGAAGACGAUGUCCGUUCCAGGAUGGAGGUGGUGGCCAAUCUCUGGAAGCAGCACUUUGGCUCUAGCCGCCAGGGUGCUUUUGAUCGCAUAGACCAAGGCCGUGCCAAACCUACGAAAGCUGCGACCGAGGAUCGAGAGUGCUACAGAGAAUUUAUCAAGGCCCGCAGAAAGAAUGUGGCAGAAGUGGUGCAAAAAAAUGCACCCGCAGAGUCCGCAAGUGUUUGUGACGGUGAUGCGUGGCUGGAAUCGCACCAAAAGGAGCUAGAAUUCAAUCGAGACAAGCGCAAAAAAAGGAAAUUCGAGGCACUGUUUGCCGGAGCCCUACUCGAAGACGAGAUGGAUCUCACCUUCCUUCAUGACGCUGCCGAGGUCAAGGCCACGACACAGAGGAAUCGUCGUGCCCGGCAACGCAAAGAGCAGCGACUGCAGUCGGACAUGACUGCUGGCAAAGUGCCGAGCGUGGCGGACAUGCGUGACUGCCACGUGUACAUGUUGGACAGAGACAGAACACCUGCCGUCGACAACUUGGCAAUUGGUCUGGGUUGGACUUGGGCUGCCGAUCCUUGCAGUGCGCAGAUUUGCCUCACGGAUUUGUCAGGUGUUCAUAGCGAUGGCGUUCCUACGUCGGCUAUAUGGGCCGCUGCUAUGCAGGGUGCGUGGGUCAUGAGCCCAGCUUGGGCUUUGGGUGGAGAUUACACAGGUCCUGCGUUGAAGUUCUUGCCACCCCUGCGCACGAAGAGAUUCCUAUGGAUCAGUCCAGAUUUGGCCGAAUCUGCCGUAGCUGUUUGUGAUGUCCUACGUCGCUGUGCCUCAACAGCCGGCUCCAAGUGGAUCGUGGUGAAUGACUUGGAAGCAUGGCUUGAAAAGAAGCAAGACCUCACACAGAAGAGCAAUGCUGCUGCGGCAAUUGCAGCCGUGACAACGGAGGAAGCAUCUAUGUACAGCGAUGUUCCCCAUGUCUUUGAUUUAAGCGGUUUCUUUCAGUUCGUGUGCAGGUUGGACAAGCAGAAAUCUCGCUUGGCCCUAGGUCUUCUCUAA